AUGCUUGCUAGACUGGUGUUUCAUAUGCAUAUCGACUGUUCGCAGGAACUCUGGUUACCGGGAGUAGAACUCCAGUCUCCUACGCCGAGCUCUCUCCCCUUUUGCGAACAUCGGCAGCCGUGGGUGGCAAGGUCUGCAAACCAAUGGCUGAGGGCGUAUAUUCAACUACAGGGGCUUCAACAACGACCUCACCAUUCUCAACAACCCUAUCUGCGGGACUAUCUCGCCGAGCCGCUCCGGCUGCGGACCAUCCCACAUCUUUACGACUCCAGUCUAGCAUGCUUGAUUGUCCUCCACGCAGUGGGGUCUAUGAUCAAGGCCCACUGGCAGUCAAAAAAUGCCAUGCCUUCAGAAUGUUCAGACACAUCUCGAAGGUACUCGCCGGCCGCGAAGGACCUGGAGAAGCCGAAGCUGUCUUACCGCUCCUGGACAGGUGGUGUCAAAUCCCUGAGGCACGGAAAGCAGUCUGGCAGGCCAGCCAAGUUAUAUGCUGUCUUACCACCUUCCUGCAGAGAAUUUUACAGAGUUCUCCACAGUUGCAGCCUACCAGGCCAGCUUGUGUCUAUAUUUGUAUACGGCGCUGUGGCACGAUCACAGGCCUCGAACGGCAUUUCAGAUGCCUCGAAUGCCAGGAGCAAGUUCCAACUCGAUGCGGCAGAUUCCCCUGCUAUACAGAGAUGGAUACCCCUAGGUUCCGGCACUCCCAUGCUGGGAUUUAUGGAUUCAGUCUCUUCUCCCCGAAAUUCGCUAUCACCGGAUGCCACUAGGGCAAUAUUGCUCUGCGUCCGCAACCUUUUAGACUCCAAGGCAUCGCAGAAAAACCUGUCGCCACUGGUUACCGGCACUUGUGACCUUAUUCAUGCCUUGAUCAACACCAAACAGAGAGACCCCUGA